CGUCAGUCGCUGCAUCUCAUAACUUGAAAAACGCUUUUCUUUUUUUGUGAGAUUUCUAUGGUUAUUCAUUUAUCUGUGUGUCAGAAAUAAGUGCAUUUGAUGCAGUUUUGAUGCGUGAAUUUGAAAGUCAUUAUUGCGCCUAAUUACGCAUCUUACAGUCGAGAAAUAUUUUGUUCUGCAGAUUAACAAGUGCCUAUCUAGUCAGUGAAACUCGUAUUGUGGAUUGCAUGAAAACGCUGCGCCAGCUUCUGAAACUAGCAAACGCUCCAAGUGUCAUAACUCAAGGGAAUUGUCAUUUGAGCCAAAAAGCAAUUGUGUCGUUUAAGGCCAGUGGUACAAAGUAUCGCCGAUUAGCUAUGCCAGAAGCUCAAGAAGGUUCUGCUGUAUUUCCGUACCCGGAAGCCCGACGGGACGAGUCUGUUGUCGAUGAUUUUCAUGGCGUGAAGAUUGCCGACCCGUAUCGGUGGUUGGAGGAUCCCGAUUCCGAGGAGACCAAGAGCUAUGUUGAUAAGCAGAACAAAAUCUCUCAACCAUUUCUGGAAGAUUGUGUUGAAUGGAAGAAGCUCAAUGAGAAGUUGACUAAACGGUGGAACUAUCCCAAGUAUUCCUGUCCGUUUAAGCAUGGUGAACGAUACUUCUUUUUCAUGAACACCGGAUUACAGAAUCAGGAUGUUUUGUACGUUCAGAAUUCUUUAGAGGAUGAACCUAAAGUUUUCCUGGACCCUAAUUCGUUAUCCAAGGAUGGAACGAUCGCUUUGGUUGGGUCACGUUUUUCCCACGAUGGAAAUUUGUUUACCUAUGGUUUGAGUCAGAGUGGAUCCGAUUGGACCAAGUUGAAGGUACGCGAUGUCAACACUGGGGAAGAUUUUCCCGAGACCUUAGAACACACUAAGUUUGUGACGGCUUCGUGGACCAAAGAUAACAAGGGAUUCUUUUACGCGCGCUACCCGGUGGUUGAAGGGAAAGCCGAUGGUUCUGAGACGGCAGCCAAUGAGAACCAAAAGUUGUAUUAUCAUCGCGUCGGGGAACCACAGGAGAAGGAUGUACUGAUAGCCGAGUUUCCGGAGGAACCGACUUGGCGGAUGACACCGGAAGUAUCUGACUGUGGAAAGUAUUUGAUGUUGUUCAUUAUGAAAGGCUGCAAAGAUAUGCUGCUUUACUUUACUCAUUUGCAAAAAUCUGAGGACAUAACGGGCAAGCUGGAUUUAGUAAAGGUUGUUACCGAGUUUGAUAGUGAUUACGAUUAUAUCACCAACGAGGAAAGUAUGUUUUCUUUUCGCACGAAUAAAGCCGCCCCAAACUAUAGAGUGAUAAAUAUUGAUUUCAACAACCCGACGAUAGAAAACUGGACCACUCUUAUCGAGGAGCAUCCGAAAAAUGUGCUCGAUUGGUCAACGUGCGUCAACAAGGACAAAAUCGUGCUAGGUUAUAUCGAUGAUGUGAAGUCGAUGCUUCAGGUGCAUAAACUACAGGAUGGCUCCUUCGUUUCCAAAUUUCCGCUGGAGAUCGGAACCAUUGUUGGGUUCAGUGGAAAGAAAAAGUAUUCGGAAAUUUUCUAUCAUUUCGUGUCUUUCCUGACGCCCGGGAUUAUAUAUCACUACGAUUUCGCCCGAGAGGACGCAGAACCAACGAUCUUCCGGCAGGUAAAGAUUGAAGAUUUUGACAACAGUUUGUACAAAGUGGAACAAGUUUUCUACAAGAGCAAAGAUGGCGAGCGAAUCCCUAUGUUUGUCGUGCAGAAGAAAGCUGAUACGCAAGAGGAAAAACCAUGCCUCCUGUAUGGUUAUGGUGGCUUCAAUAUUAGUGUCCAACCUUCAUUCAGUAUCACGGGCUUGGUGUUUAUUGAUUCAUUUGAUGGCAUCUUGGCUUAUCCCAAUAUACGCGGUGGCGGCGAAUAUGGUGAACGCUGGCACAACGCAGGUCGAUUGCUGAAAAAGCAAAAUGUAUUCGAUGACUUUCAAUAUGCGGCUAUGCAUCUGGUUCAAAGCGGUUACACUCGUCACGAGAAAAUUGUCAUCCAUGGGGGAUCCAACGGGGGUUUACUGGUCGGUGCAUGCAUUAAUCAACGGCCAGAUUUGUUUGGAGCUGCCGUAGCUCAAGUAGGAGUGAUGGACAUGCUUCGUUUCCACAAGUUCACUAUAGGCCAAGCGUGGGUGUCAGACUACGGAGACGUGAAGGAGAAGGAGCACUUCGAAAACUUGUACAAGUAUUCACCGCUGCACAAUGUGCGCGCGCCUAAGACAGAAAAGGAACAAUAUCCAGCGUCUCUGGUUCUAACAGCGGAUCACGAUGAUCGAGUUAGUCCGCUGCAUUCGCUGAAAUUCGUUGCCGCUUUGCAUCACGCCAUCCGGGAUUCCGAGUUGCAGAAAAAUCCUUUGCUACUGCGCGUCUAUAGCAAAACGGGACACGGUGCUGGAAAACCGACGGCCAAGAAAAUCGAGGAAGCAACCGACAUUUUGACUUUCAUGUUCAAAACCUUGAAGCUGAAGUUAACUUUCUGAGCUGCAGUCGGCAAAGAAUAUGAUUCUUUCUAGCUUUUGUAUGGCCAUUUUCAGAUUUGUUUUUACAGUUUUAUUUUUAGUGUAAUAAUUUGCUUUGUAACAGGCUCAAUGUUAUAGUCAUUCAAUCGUCGUUGAUAUAAAUAAUCCAAUUCAGGUGACAUGUGAAAUUUGUAUUGACUAAAGCACUAAUGGUUGAAAUAACAUUCUAUACAAUUAA